GUGUGCGCGGUGGACCAGCAGCCGUCAGGUUUGGCUCGCGGCCGGCGGCCUCCGGCUGGCUGAAGAGGCGGUGCUUUCCGCGUGUUCCCGGAAGGACUUAGAGCGAAAGGCGGGAGAAGGAAGCAGCCGAAAGGCGGAGGAAGCCUGAGGGGGUGGUUGCGUGCGGACCGGACGCUCUGGGCCUGCUGAGCUUCCAGACGCCGGCUCUCGGGCACCCGAGCCAGCCGAACCCAGCCGGCCGCCUCUCCUGCUUGCGCUGCUGCACCCGUCGGGAGCGAGUGCGCCUGCGCGCCUGCCACCGCGCGCGCCUGGUCGCUGUCCUCUCACCGGCCGGCGGCCCGACAGUUCCUGCCCCGCUCCCCUCCCGGCCUCGCUCAGCUCGGCAGCGCCCCGGCGUGCGGCAUGUCCCGGCGGCGGCACAGCGACGAGAACGACGGAGGACAACCUCACAAAAGGAGAAAGACCUCUGAUGCCAAUGAAACUGAAGAUCAUUUGGAAUCAUUAAUAUGCAAAGUGGGAGAAAAGAGUGCCUGCUCUCUGGAGAGCAACCUAGAAGGCUUGGCAGGUGUUUUAGAAGCUGAUCUUCCUAACUACAAGAGCAAGAUCUUAAGGCUUCUUUGUACAGUUGCACGCCUGUUACCUGAGAAGUUGACAAUUUAUACAACAUUAGUUGGACUGCUGAAUGCCAGGAAUUACAACUUUGGUGGAGAGUUUGUAGAAGCUAUGAUUCGACAACUUAAGGAAUCAUUAAAAGCAAACAAUUAUAAUGAAGCUGUAUAUUUGGUCCGUUUUUUAUCUGAUCUUGUGAAUUGUCAUGUCAUUGCUGCCCCAUCCAUGGUUGCUAUGUUUGAAAAUUUUGUAAGUGUAACUCAGGAAGAAGAUGUACCUCAGGUGCGGAGAGAUUGGUAUGUUUAUGCGUUUCUGUCAUCUUUGCCCUGGGUUGGAAAGGAGUUGUACGAAAAGAAAGAUGCAGAGAUGGACCGCAUCUUCGCUAACACUGAAAGCUAUCUUAAAAGACGCCAAAAGACACAUGUGCCCAUGUUACAGGUAUGGACGGCUGAGAAACCACACCCACAAGAAGAGUAUUUAGAUUGCCUGUGGGCCCAGAUUCAGAAAUUGAAAAAGGAUCGCUGGCAGGAGCGGCACAUCCUAAGACCUUAUCUUGCCUUUGACAGCAUCCUCUGUGAAGCACUGCAGCACAACCUGCCUCCUUUUACGCCACCUCCUCACACGGAAGACUCCGUGUACCCGAUGCCACGGGUCAUCUUCCGAAUGUUUGAUUACACGGAUGAUCCCGAGGGUCCUGUAAUGCCAGGGAGUCAUUCAGUUGAAAGAUUUGUUAUAGAAGAGAAUCUUCACUGCAUCAUUAAGUCCCACUGGAAGGAAAGGAAAACUUGCGCUGCACAGCUGGUGAGCUAUCCAGGGAAGAACAAGAUCCCCUUGAACUACCAUAUAGUUGAGGUGAUCUUUGCAGAGCUGUUUCAGCUGCCAGCUCCCCCGCACAUUGAUGUGAUGUACACAACGCUGCUCAUCGAGCUGUGCAAACUUCAGCCCGGCUCUCUCCCCCAAGUUCUUGCACAGGCAACUGAAAUGUUAUACAUGCGUUUGGACACAAUGAACACUACAUGUGUGGACAGGUUUAUUAAUUGGUUUUCCCAUCAUCUAAGUAACUUCCAGUUUCGUUGGAGCUGGGAAGAUUGGUCAGAUUGUCUUACUCAAGAUCCUGAAAGUCCCAAACCAAAGUUUGUAAGAGAAGUUCUAGAAAAAUGUAUGAGGUUGUCUUAUCAUCAGCGUAUAUUAGAUAUUGUUCCUCCUACCUUCUCAGCUCUAUGUCCUGCAAACCCAACCUGCAUUUACAAGUACGGAGAUGAAAGUAGCAAUUCUCUUCCUGGACACUCAGUUGCCCUCUGUUUAGCUGUUGCCUUUAAAAGUAAAGCAACCAAUGAUGAAAUCUUCAGCAUUCUGAAAGAUGUGCCAAAUCCUAACCAGGAGGAUGAUGACGAUGAAGGAUUCAGCUUUAACCCUUUGAAAAUCGAGGUCUUUGUACAGACUCUGCUACACUUGGCAGCCAAAUCAUUCAGCCACUCCUUUAGUGCUCUUGCAAAGUUUCAUGAAGUCUUCAAAACCCUAGCAGAGAGUGAUGAAGGAAAGUUACAUGUUCUGAGAGUUAUGUUUGAAGUCUGGAGGAACCAUCCACAGAUGAUUGCUGUACUAGUAGAUAAGAUGAUCCGUACACAGAUUGUUGACUGUGCUGCAGUGGCAAAUUGGAUCUUCUCUUCAGAACUAUCUCGAGACUUUACUAGAUUAUUUGUUUGGGAAAUCUUGCACUCCACGAUUCGUAAGAUGAACAAACACGUUCUCAAAAUCCAGAAAGAGCUGGAAGAGGCGAAAGAAAAACUUGCAAGGCAACACAAACGGCGAAGUGACGAUGACGACAGAAGCAGUGAUAGGAAAGAUGGGGCUCUGGAGGAACAAAUAGAAAGAUUGCAGGAAAAAGUGGAAUCUGCUCAGAGUGAACAGAAGAACCUCUUCCUCGUCAUAUUCCAGCGUUUUAUCAUGAUCUUGACUGAGCACUUAGUACGAUGCGAGACUGAUGGGACCAGCGUAUUAACCCCGUGGUACAAGAACUGUAUAGAGAGGCUCCAGCAGAUCUUCUUACAGCAUCACCAAAUAAUCCAGCAAUACAUGGUGACCCUGGAGAACCUGCUCUUCACUGCCGAGUUAGACCCGCAUAUCCUGGCUGUGUUCCAGCAGUUCUGUGCCCUACAGGCCUAAGGGUCCUUUUAUUCCCUUGUCAAGAUUUUUUUAAAAUCUCUCAAAAUAACUGGUCUUAUUUUUUGAUGGUUUGAAUGCUUGCUUUCUUGUAGCAUCCUUUCACUUAUUGGGGGGGGGAGGGGGAGGACGGUGAAGAAUAGAGCAUUGGUUACCUUCAAUGGCCCCUACAAAGCGAAAACUCCCGACUAUGUGACAAUGACCAUAGGAUGUAUUAUAUAUGUGACAGAUACAACUUUUCUGGUAUUUUUUUUUCCUUAAGGCACAAAAGAUAAGUGAUUUAAGGUAUGUAAACACUAGAGGUCCAGCUUACAAAGUAGUAUAUAGAACUGGUGGGUUUACUAUCAAGUAGCGUAGCUUUUCACAGCUCAUGGAUAACCUGAUAUGGCUGAAAUAAAACUAAAUGUUUUUUAAA